UUUGGCUCUUUGGCGCAGGUCCCUGCGAGCGCUUGCAGUGCGCACAACCUCGCCAUCUCUUCUCCUCAUGGAAAAGUAUAUUGCUGUAGCAACUGGAUAUUUUGAGCAUUUAUGCGCGUUCUUAAAUAAUUUUACACUCAUGGCUUAAGCGAGUUGUUUCUUUUUGUGAGCAAAAUCACGCGUUUUGUAAAAAUCACGUUGCAAAGUACUUUUACGCACAAGGAUGGGCUCGGAGAAGCCGAACUUUUUGUCCCAACCAGUGGUGAAGAAUAUAUUCAUGUUCCGCAAUGGUGACCCGUAUUAUGAAGCCCGACGAGUCGUGAUUAAUCAGAGGAGAAUCUGCAACUUUGAGACGUUUUUGAGGGAGGUUACAAGUGGCAUUCAGGCGCCGUUUGGAGCUGUAAGGAACAUCUACACUCCGCGGAGAGGACACAAAGUGGAAAGCCUGGACAACCUUCAGAGUGGGGAGCAGUACGUCGCUGCAGGGAGAGAGAGAUUCAAAAAGCUAGAUUAUUUACAGAUCGGCUUUAGAAAGAGAAGGAUGUUACAGUCGCUUCCAUUGCAGGCCAAACCACUUCCACCAAAUCGGAUUUGUGUGUCUGCCAGAUUCUUGAAACCAAUUAAGGAGCCAUGUCCAAUAUUUGUGGUGGCAAAUGGGGACACAAUGAAUCCUGCAAUAAGGCUGCUCAUUCACCAGAGGAUGCUGAGACAGUUUGAUAAAAUACUAGAGAUGAUCACAGAGAAGAUGGGCUUGAGAGUCCUUGGCGGUGUGAGAAGUCUUUACACUCAUGAAGGCCAGCAGGUGACUGAUGGCACUAAGCUGGAGAGCGGUCAGCUCUAUGUAGCCGUGGGCAGAGAGAGAUUUAAGAGGCUCUCCUAUGCUGACCUGCUGUUCAGCAAUCCUCGGGGAGCACGGCAGGUCAAUGGGAUGAAAAUGGGCAUUCUGCCUCCAAUCUACAGAUUCCCAAAACAACAUGGAAAUAGAAAAUCAGUGGUCCGAAGCACUGACAGUGGAGAAGGCGAGUCAAAGGCUUCGCCUCUACACGUCAAUGGUGGCAGCAGAGACCAACUGUCCUCCUUUGUCAGAGAAAUCUCCCAGGCCAGACUCCUUUCUCUCAGAUUCAAGAAGAGUGGACAGAGCAUAACUACUGGUGACAAUGAUGACUUGGAUUCAAAAGCUGAUUAUGGAAAUGCAGAAGUUAAAUCCCUAGAUCAGUCAACUGAAGAGGACCUUGCAUCAGAUGUUACCAAAUCAUCAGAGGAGUCUGGCGAAAAGGCUGAAGAGAAGCAGGAGGCCUCUGCUGAAAAUACCUUUGAAAAGGAAACUUCAGUUAUCCAAGUAGAAGGGGCAGUUAAGGAGACAACUAGUCCAACAAAGGGAGGUGGUGAAGAGGAAAAUGAAGCGGCAAAGAAUGAAAAUGAGGGAGAAGUAACUGCGUUGUCAAAAGAGCAGGCAGAGGAGGUAAAAGAAGUGAAGGACACGGUAGUAAAUGAAUGUAAGAGGGUCCCAGAUGAGAGAAGGGCAACACCAGAUGAGACAAGGGAGGCCUCAGGCCAUAGUAAAAAGAACAUUGCAGAAGAGAGUAGGGAAAAGAGUGCAGAUGUGAGUGAGGCGACAGCAAAUGUCAGUAAGGAUGCUUCAGAUGAGAACCAGAAUGAGAUUUCAGUUGAACACAAGGAGAAGGAAGAAAUGGCCGAUGAGAGUAAGGAUGAAGUUGCCAAUGACUGUAGGAAUGAGAGUAGGAAUGAGGUUAAAGAUGAAGUGGUAGAUAAGAGAAAGAAUGAAAACACUAAUGAAAGUAAGGAUGGAGCUGUAGAUCAUCUUGCCAAUGAGAGUAAGGAUGAGGUUGUCAAGAGUAGGGAUGAGUUUACAGAUGAGACGGCAGAUAAGAGAAAUAAUGAGAACACUAAUGAAAGUCAGGAUAUAGCUGUAGAUCAUCUUGCCAAUGAGAGUAAGGAUGAAGUUUCCGAGAGUAGGGAGGAUUUGGCAGAUAAGGCUCCAAAUGAGAGUAAGGAUGAGACUCCAAAUGAGAGCAAUGCUGCAGCUGUAGAUGAGAAUAAGGGUGAGCUUGCCUUUGAGAGUAAGGAUGAGACUCCAAAUGAGAGCAAUGCUGCAGCUGUAGAUGAGAAUAAGGAUGAGACUCCAAAUGAGAGCAAUGCUGCAGCUGUAGAUGAGAAUAAGGACGAGACUCCAAAUGAGAGCAAUGCUGUGGAUGGGAAUAAGGGUGAGCUUGCCAUUGAGAGUAAGGAUGAGACUCCAGAUGAGAAUAAGUCUGUUACAUCUUCUGGUGACCAAAUGACUGUACACUUAAACAAUAUAAAUGGCGAUACCAAAGAAGGUCAAAAUGAGGGAUAAAAUACCAAAUACAGCGCUGAUAAAAAUGACAAUGGUAAUGACCAGAAAGAGAAAGAAAAUCAGUGAUCAAUGAAGGUAGCUAUAGUUAUAGUUAGUUAGACCACAGUAGGAAUGGGGUACUUGACGACAAUCUCGGUACUCCUUCUGAGAAUAGAAGUAGUUAAAAUUCAUUUAACGAUGAUGUGUAACAGCUGAAUAAUGGCAAGAUGUAUGGAAAUAUCAAAAAUGUCAUCCUUGAAGUGAGUAAUUUCAGAAUGACAUAACAUUACAGUGAACCAUUUAACUUUGUUCAUUUGUCAAUCUAUGCUUGUAUUAGGUUAUCUAUUAAUUAAAUGUGAAUUUUAAAAAGUCAUUAUACAAUGACCGUUCACACUAUAUGGAUACAAAUUCAAGCUGCGUUACUAUAUGAUACAUUUAUUUGAAUGUAUUUGUACGAAAACCAUUACUCUGUCAUGUUCUCCAUCUGCCUAAGGAAGCCCAUAGAGUGAUAGUUGUGCCAAAUCUAAAAUUUAGCACGAGACAGUUUAUGAUUAUAUCUGCUUUAUCUGGACCAGAAUCACCUAGACAUGAGUUCUCACCCAUGCCCACUUAACACACACAAAAGCCAUAAGAACCAGCUACACAUGUUCUAACUUAACUUUGUGAUCCAUGCAACACAAGUUUGUGUUACAAGUUCCAAUACAUUUCUACUUAGAUAGUGUGUGGCGCAGGCUUUGGUGGCCAGCUUAAAUAGAUGCUUAAUUAGGCCUUAAAUAACCCAUACAGGACCCAGACAUUCAAUUCUAACCCAUUUCCAGUUUGCCCACACAUAACUGAGACAGAUUUCUAUUUUUUUUUCAUUAACACGGUUUAUAAAAACACUCCCUAUUGAUGAUUAAUAAUAAUACUAAUGAUCAUCGUGUGACUAAUGUAAUGAUUUAUAUGUAAAUUUAAUAUAAAAUUUAAUAUGUAAAUUUGCUUUCAUUUUUGUGCAAGAAGAAUGUUACUUUUGUUGCUACUUGUGGAUUUCCUAAUCAGACUCAACAAGCACUUCCAACGGCAUUCAUUAGGGUGAUAAUUAAUGACCUUCAUUGAAUAAUUAAACUUGAUUUACUGCUCCCAUUACAUUAAAUACUAUGGUAUGAUAUGGCACAUCUUGAACUAUGUUUUCCAUGAAAUUAUUGCCUUUGAAAUCCAAAGGAAGAACCUGCAAUCUACCAACCGUUACAUACAACAAAAUGUUAUGAGAUUGUAUGUGGUCUACGCUUUCUUUCCUCAGCAAGUUGGCUUUAUUAUUUGGCAUUGAUCCUGUCUAGGACUCCAGGUGCAUGUGAGUCAUCAGUGAGCAGAUGUGUGUGUGUGUGUGUGGUGGUGGUGGUGGUGGUGGUGAGGUGCUCCAUGACUCACUUUUGACUGCUCAAGGUGAUGGUCCUCUGGGUGCUAUUUCCGGAUGUGUCAUUAAUUCUGUCCUAUCUAGUCCAGUGGUCCCUUUCAGUGUGUGCACAUGUGGGUGUGUUAAUGAGGCCGCAAAUAGCACACUUAUCAUUCUAUACGUUGCCUUUCUAAAUGACCCUGCUGAUAGAUUACACUGAAAACUGUACUCUACUCUAAUGAAGGCAACUCAUGUAUGCUUUAGAGAUGCAGGGAAGUAAAAGUCAUAUACAUACAUAUGUACAUUUAAUAAUUAUAAAUUCCGGCUUGACUGUAUAUGUUAACAAUUUUAACAAUUUUACUACUACUGUACAACUCUACAACUGUGGUACUUUA